AUGGCUACGACCACACAACACAUGAUGAAUUUAAUCUUCCUCGUUACACUUCUUUUAAUCUCCUUCGCAGUCUCUCCGGCGAUCUCAACGGUUCCGAAAGAAUGUGAAACGGAGUCAACGGACUCUUGCGUCGACAAAACCAAAGCCUUACCCCUCAAAAUCAUAGCUAUCGUGGCUAUCCUCGUGACAAGCAUGAUCGGAGUCGCGGCUCCUCUCUUCAGCCGAUAUGUCCCGUUCCUGAGUCCAGACGGUAAAAUCUUCAUGAUCGUCAAGUGUUUUGCAUCCGGGAUCAUCCUAGGAACUGGUUUCAUGCAUGUUUUGCCAGAUUCUUUCGAGAUGUUGUCCUCACCAUGUCUUGAGGACGAUCCGUGGCACAAGUUUCCCUUCACGGGCUUUGUCGCUAUGUUGUCUGGUCUAGUAACACUCGCUAUCGAUUCCAUUGCGACAAGUCUCUAUACAAGGAAAGCUGUCUCUGACGAUGGCGAAGAUAAGACUACUCCGAUGAUAAUUCAAAUAGAUCAUUUGCCUAUAACAACUAAAGAAAGUAGCUGUACACGCUCCAAACAACUAUUGCGGUAUCGAGUUAUCGCCAUGGUAUUGGAGCUUGGGAUAAUAGUUCACUCAGUGGUCAUUGGACUAUCGCUUGGUGCAACAAAUGACACAUGCACCAUUAAAGGACUUAUUGCUGCUCUUUGUUUCCAUCAAAUGUUCGAAGGCAUGGGUCUCGGGGGUUGCAUCCUCCAGGCAGAGUACACAAAUGUCAAGAAAUUCGUGAUGGCUUUCUUCUUUGCGGUUACAACACCGUUUGGGAUCGCUCUUGGUAUAGCCUUGUCGAGCGUUUACAGUGACAGCAGUCCAACGGCAUUAAUUACCGUCGGGCUUCUCAAUGCUUGCUCCGCAGGUUUGCUCAUUUACAUGGCCCUCGUAGAUCUUCUGGCCGCCGAGUUUAUGGGAUCAAUGCUCCAAGGAAGCGUCAAGCUUCAGAUUUACUGCUUUGGUGCGGCGUUGCUUGGUUGCGGCGGAAUGUCAGUCCUCGCCAAGUGGGCGUAA